AUGGCCGACUCCUCAUUGCUCACCGACCUGUGCACUAUCUGCCACGCCGAACCCCCGAAAUAUACCUGCCCGCGAUGCAAAGCCCAGACCUGCUCUCUCGCCUGCAGCAAGAAACACAAGACUCGCGCCAGCUGCGAUGGCGUCCGCAAUCCACGAGAAUACAUGCCAAUCCACGAACUGCGCACCCCUAGGGGUAUUGAUCACGACUUCAACUUCCUCUCAUCCAUCGAGCGCGAACGUCUGCGUGCCGAGCAAGACAUCGUCGAGGUCCGCCGGCUGAUGGACGCCAAAGAACUACACCCACCAACCCCAGCAGAAGAACAAAAGCUUUUUCGCAAAGUAUGGGACGGUGACAGGUUAAGCUUUGAGCCUGUAGAGAACAAUACCCAGCACAAUGUCAUCGUGGCCCAACUGCGCCGCCGGCUGAGAAACCUCGACAUUGAGGUGGUGUACAUGCCCAAGGGGAUGAGCCGGCAGCGGGAGAAUAAAACGUCGUGGAAUAAGAGGACCAAUGCGAUAAACUUCCAGGUCGAGUGGUUGAUUUAUGAUUCUUCGUCGCAGCAGAAGCCAUUGAAGGUGCUGUAUAAGGCGCUGGAGAAUAUACCGCUUUAUUCGGCGUUGACCAAUACCGUUAUUUGGCAUAACGGGCAGCUGGAUCGUCUUGUGCGCGAGGCAGAUCCGGAAUAUGAUGAGAGGAACCCGUUGAAGAAGCCGAAGGCGGAAUACAUCCCCGUUACGAUUCAAGGCCAGUCUACCCCAGCGUGGUCAUCAGCACCAUACUGCUUCCAGAACCCGCUGGACUCAACCUGGUUUUCGUUCUCGUCGGCACCCUCUGUUGAGUCGACACCAGAAGAACAAUACCAUAAAUACAGCUUUUACCUAAAGAAAGCCACGAAAGAGGCGCCCAACAGCAGGACUUUGAUCCCGCUCUCCCCGGACAGCAAUUUGAAAGAUGCGCUGUCCGGAAGAACAGUAGUUGAAUUCCCUACGAUUGUCGCCAUUCAACCUGGCUGCCCCCUCCCACCGUUACACGAAAUAGGGGACUGGAUGCCCCGUCCCCCACCGCCACCGCCGGCACCCAAGCCUGUGAACGAAAAGAAAAGAACGCUUGAGAAGGGUCCUAGAGGGAGGGGUGGUCGAGGCGGCGGGAGGGGUGGGAAGAGGGUUAAGUUUGAGAAGGGGCAGGAUACGAGGGGUGUUGAGGAGGAAGAAAGUAGCUCCGACGAGGAGGGGCAGAUUGAUGAGGAUGAGGGUGUGGAGAUGGAGGAUAGGGGGCAAGGGAUCAGGAUUGAUAAGGAUGAGAAUGGGGUUUUGAAGGUAGAUUUGGGGACGGGGGGGAUGGUGAAUAUGGAUGAUGUGGCGAGGGCGAUGGCGAUGGAUCAAGAGAGGUGGGAGGAGGAGAAGGAGAAGGAGAGGAAAACGGUGAAGUUGCCGGGUGGGGGGUGUUUGGUUGAUUACGGGAGUGAUGACGAUUGA